AUGGCAUUUUAUAAUAUAGAUGAUGAUAUAGGUAUAGAUAUUGAACACCCUAUUAAUUUAGUUGAAAGUGAAACCCAAGUUAAUUUUACAUCAAGUAAUGAAGAUCCUACUACAACAAAUAUAAUUAGAGGUCACUACACUGCAAAAUGUAGAUAUUGCUUGAAAUUUUGGAGAAGAGGAAUUCCAGAUAAAUUAGAAGCACAUCUUGCACUUAAAUGUGAAAAAGUUGAUAGAGAAAUUUCUCAAAUAUAUUUAAAAAAACUUGCAACUAAAAAUUCAGUAUCAGAUGUUGAGUCUGAAGAUAAAAUUGUGGCUAACUCAGAAACAGUCAUCGAUGGAUUGGAUCUCGAAGAAGAGGAAUCAUUUACAUCACUUGAAUUAGAAGAGGAUCUAUCUGAUGUUUCUGAUAACAACAAUAUAAAGAACAAUUAA